CUCCAGCGUUGCGGUUUGUUUUGAUCGGAAGCCUUUGUGCUUCCGAGGUUUUGAUUCUUGAGCCGUUGGGCUCCCCGGCCGCUCAAGCAUGCUGGAGCCGGAUUGUGCUCCCCUCUCCGAUGACCCGUCGGGGUCUGUCGGUUUAUGGAUCUGGCGGCUUUCUUUCUCCUCCGGCGAAUCUGAGGCGGCGCGCACGAGGGCUACCAGAUCUGACACCCACCGCGGCUCUCCUGCUGGUUCCGAGGGUCUUCCGCCGCCAGAUCGGGUGACCGCACGGCAUCCUGGAGCCUGGUGCUAUUUCUUCAAGGGUAGAUAAAAAGGUAUCCCAUAUGGAUCGGUCGACCGAAAGCCGUGGUAUUUCCGGGGCGUUCGUGAUUGUUCGAGUGCUGAGUGCACCCCCUUCAGCUUCAGCCUCUGGAUAUGGGUCUACUCUGUUCUUUUGUUCCAGUUGUUUUUACUAUUUGUUAUUUUUGUAGAUGCCGUAUGGCGGUCUUUGUAAUGAAUUCAUUCCAUUAUC